GUCAUGUGAUUUUUUCUUAUGACUGGCACAGUUACGUUUGUCAACGAGGGGGUGCUUUGUGAAUAUACUGGCAUUUGGUGAAUUCGUUUAGUUUUCUUUUGAGCAGCAUUAGCUCAAUAUCUAAAUUGACUAAUGGAUAGUUGCAAAUAGAACGCUGUUUUGCUUUCUCUUCCAAUCAUCAUGGCAGAAGUAGAGGAGAAGGGCAGGAAACCAAGUGAAGAAUCCACAGAUGAGUCUGAGGAGGAGGACAGUGUGGAGGAGCCUAAGCUGAAGUAUGAACGAUUGGCCAAUGGGGUGACUGAAAUUCUCCAAAAGGAUGCUGCUAGCUGUAUGACUGUCCAUGAUAAGUUCCUUGCGCUGGGCACUCACUUUGGGAAAGUUUACCUUCUGGACAUCCAAGGCAAUGUGACUCAGAAGUUUGAAAUUAGUCCAGUGAGGAUCAACCAGAUCAGCCUAGAUGAGAGCGGAGAGCAUGUUGGGAUCUGCUCUGAGGACGGCAAGGUUCAAGUGUUUGGACUCUACACGAGGGAAGGCUUCCAUGAGAACUUUGACUGUCCUGUCAAAGUGGUGGCGUUACACCCUCGGUUCAGCAGCUCAACCCACAAACAAUUUGUCACUGGAGGCAACAAGCUUCUUCUGUAUGAGAGGAACUGGCUGAACCGCUGGAAGACAUCCACUGUGCACGAAGGGGAGGGCACCAUCACUAACGUCCAGUGGAGGGCCAAUCUCAUCGCCUGGGCCAACAAUGUGGGGGUGAAAAUCUAUGACAUCAGCACCAAACAACGAAUCACCAACGUCUUGCGGGAUAACGUCAGCCUGCGGCCUGAUAUGUACCCGUGCAGUCUGUGCUGGAAAGACAACUCCACCCUCAUCAUCGGCUGGGGCUCCUCCGUUAAGAUCUGUGCCGUGAAGGAGAGGGACCACGCGGAGAUGAGAGACCUUCCUAGCCGUUAUGUGGAAAUUGUGUCUGCGUUUGAAACCGAGUUCUUCAUCAGUGGCCUGGCGCCUCUAGCAGACCAGCUGGUCAACCUGUACUUUGUGAAGGGAAACUUUGACCACAUGGAGGAGGAGUUCAGAGCGCGGCCUCGUCUGGACAUCAUCCAGCCUCUCCCAGAGGGCUUUGAGGAGAUCUCAUCAGACGCCCUGACCGUCCGCAACUUCCAGGAGAACGAGUGUCGAGACUACCGACUGGAACAUUCUGAGGGAGAAUCCCUCUUCUACAUCAUCAGCCCUAAAGACAUUGUGGUGGCCAAAGAGAGAGACCAGGAUGACCACAUUGACUGGCUGCUGGACAAGAAGAAGUAUGAGGAAGCUCUGAUGGCUGCUGAGAUCAGCUUCAAGAACGUUAAACGCCAUGAAGUCCAGAAAAUUGGGAUGGCCUACAUAAAUCACCUGGUGGAGAAGGGUGACUACGACACCGCUGCCAGGAAGUGUCAGAAGGUGCUGGGGAAAAACAUGGAACUCUGGGAGAAUGAGGUGUACAGGUUUAAAACCAUUGGGCAGUUGAAGGCCAUCAGCCAAUACUUGCCCAGAGGGGACCUGCGUCUCAGACCUGCCAUAUAUGAGAUGAUCUUAAAUGACUUUCUAAAGACGGACUAUGAGGGCUUUGCCACGUUGAUCCGCGAGUGGCCCGGAGAGCUCUACAAUAACAUGACCAUUGUUCAGGCAGUCGCCGAGCACCUCAAGAAGGACCCCACGAACAGCACCCUGCUCACCACACUGGCUGAACUGUACACAUAUGACCAGCGGUAUGACCGAGCCCUGGAGAUCUACCUGAGACUGAGGCAUAAGGAUGUUUACCAGCUGAUCCACAAACACAACCUCUUCUCCUCCAUAGAAGACAAGAUUGUGCUCCUCAUGGACUUUGAUAAAGAGAAAGCUGUCGACAUGCUCCUGGAUAAUGAAGACAAAAUAUCGACCGACAGAGUAGUGGAGGAGCUCCGGGACAGACCUGAGCUGCUACACAUUUACUUACACAAACUGUUCAAGAGGGACCACCACAAGGGUCAGCGGUACCAUGAGAGACAAAUUGGCCUGUAUGCUGAGUAUGAUCGGCCCAACCUGCUGCCAUUCCUCAGGGACAGCAUCCACUGCCCACUAGAAAAGGCUCUGGAGAUUUGUCAGGAGAGAAACUUUGUGGAGGAGACUGUCUUCCUGCUCAGCAGGAUGGGGAACUGUAGACGGGCCCUUCAGAUGAUCAUGGAGGAACUGGAGGAUGUGGACAAGGCCAUAGAGUUUGCUAAGGAGCAGGAUGACGCUGAGCUGUGGGAGGAUCUCAUCUCCUAUUCCAUUGAUAAGCCACCCUUCAUUACUGGUCUCCUUAAUAACAUUGGGACACAUGUGGAUCCCAUCUUGCUCAUCCACCGCAUAAAGGAGGGAAUGGAGAUUCCUAACCUCCGAGAUUCUCUCGUCAAGAUCCUACAUGACUACAACCUGCAGAUCUUGCUGCGGGAGGGCUGUAAGAAAAUCUUAGUGGCUGACUCGCUCUCCCUGCUCCAAAAGAUGCGUAGGACUCAGAUGAGAGGAGUCCGGGUGGAUGAAGAGAGCAUCUGUGAAUCCUGUCACACGUCAAUAUUACCAUCAGAUAUGGCCCAGAACUUCAGUGUGGCUGUCUUCCACUGCAGACACAUGUUCCACAAGGAGUGUUUACCUUCUCCUGGAAUAAUUCCUGGAGUCCAGUUUUGCAACAUCUGCAGUGCAAAGCGGAGAGGACCAGGAAGUGGGAUACUGGAGAUGAAAAAGUGACAGGAAAUGCACACCUUAUCAUGCCAUCGCUUCGUCUUUCACCAGUUGGGAUUAAUGGCAGUCUCUGGGUUGAUAGAUUUGAUCUUUCUCCUUUGCUACGGUGUGAUCUUCUGAAUCAAUGGCAUAAUAUAUCAUUAUAUUAACUGUUACCAAAAUAAAACAACAAAUGUUGCACUAUGACCUCUUAA